GCCUCCCCUGACCCAUCUGUUGCAGCUGAAGAACUUGUACUUCAAGGUCAGUUCCAGAAGCAUCAUUGUCGCCACCAUCAACCUGAGAAAUGUCCAGACAGAAAUGGAAUGGUGGCUGUGACGGAGAGGACAUUCUCUUCUAACAGGGUCCUGCUGUCUGCUGAAAGAUGUCAGACAAAGUUCAGAAGGAAUAAGGUUUUGGUCAGCCCCAUCAAGUGGUCACCACAGUGUGGACAGUGGUCACAUGCACACUAUGCUGACCUGUCGACUGACGAGUGCAUGAUGGGAGUGAGGAGGAUCUUGUAUGUGUACAACGGGUUGGGAGUCAGUGACGUGUGCCGGGACCAGCUCUUCAAGACGCUAUCAACACUCAUUCACCCAGACUAUCACGUUGUUGAGUACAUAAAACCGGAGGAAAUUCAGUGCGGGUUGUGGAAAAGAAAUGCAGCCCUCAUAACAUUUGGUGGUGGCUAUGAUGAAGGUUUUAUUGGCGCAUUAAGAAAGGAAGGUUUGAAACAAGUGCAGACGUAUGUAGAAUCCGGUGGCUCCUAUCUGGGGCUGUGCGCUGGAGGCUACUUCGGCUGUGACCGGAUCGAGUUCGACAAACAUGGACCUCUUCAAGUCUGUGAUGAAAGACAUCUCAAAUUUUUCCCAGGUAUUUGUCGGGGCCCAGUGUUUCCUGGCUUCAAAUACAGAUCUUUCAAGGGAGCCAGUGCAGCCUCUGUGACCUACAAACCAUUGUCGGGGCAACCAGUGACCUUCUCCUCGUACUAUAACGGAGGUGGCCAGUUCACUUUGUACGGAGAAGGAGACAGUGAUCAGACAGUAGAAAUCCUCGCAUGGUACAACAGUCUUCCUGGUACGCCGGCGGCCAUCGUGAAGUCAGUCGUCGGGGACAACGGGCUAGCCAUUCUCACAGGGAUACAUCCCGAAUACGACAGCAGCCUACUGGCACGAGAUGAUCCGUGCAUUCAACGAUUUGUCGACACACUUGACAAAUGGGACGCAGAGAGGAUCGACUGUUUUACUGACCUUCUGAGACGCUUGAGAAUAACCGUGAACUUUUGAUGAGGUGUCUUUUAUAAAGUAUUUUAUAAACGCAUCUGUACUGCGGUCGGAGAACAUGAGCCGUUCGUGGUGUUGAGAAACUUAAGCUAGACUCGUCACUGGCUUUUUGUGCUUAAGUUAAAUGGAUCUGAAAGUUAACAAGUGAAUUUAACCUAUAAACUGAAUGCAUCCCAAGAAUUUUUUAAAUCAAAAUAACAUUGCCAUGAAAUGUAUCAUAAAUUAGGUUUCUAGUAAGAACAUGGGAUUGGUUAAUAGCCAUUCAGACUAACCAAUCAAGAAAUUACUAAUCUUGUGAUAGGUAAUGAAUAUUUCUCAUUGGUUUUUCAGUGGGAUAGCAAUUUGUGGUACUGUUAUGGAGGACAAUCUCAUCUCAGUCAGGGCUGUUACAAUAAGUUGAUGUUUGUUCAGUAUUGUCUUUGUUGGGAACACAUAUUUAAUGUUUGUUUUUUAUGUUUUUGCCGUUUUAGGUGUUAUAUUUUAUAGAAAUAUAUGUAUAUACAAAUGUAAAAUGUGUUUUUCUGUUUGCAAAGUAAUUUUGUGCAUUUUGAGUAAUUUUUGCAAUAAAACAAGGCAUCGGAAAUGUUGCAAAACCA